AUGGCCGCCACCGCGUACCUCUGGGUGGAGGACGUCCCCACCAGCGAUAUCAAGUUUGAUAUCAACGGUGGCAACAUUACCGCUGAAACGGCGGUCGGCGGCACGCCAGGCCUCGGUUAUCAUAGUCUCGACCCGUCGAGCGACAGUGUCCAGUUCGUCAAUGUGACGGGAUUGACAACCGAAAUCUCAACUCAGUUCCCCCGUCGAUUUCCUUCCGCGAAGUACACCAUUUCCGUCACCCCCCUCGACGAGCCGACCUUGGGCCGCUACGUCCGGGCCUACAAGGCCCACAACCUCGCCUUGGUGGGGAAGUUGGAGGAGCUGAAGCCGGGUUUUGAGGUUAACGAGAGCGGGCUUUCACCUCAAAGCUCCCCAAGGCUCUCUGAGCGCUCCCUUGACCUCCCUGAUGGUGUCCAGACCAUGUCAGCAUCUCCCUCCCCCCCUCCACUUGAGGCUCAGCGCCCCUCAAUCAGACAUGAGAUCCAUUCCUUCCACCCCAUCUCCAACUAUGCCCCUGAUGUUCAGGACGAUAUCAUCAAUGGCUCCCCUCUCAGAGAUGCUGACCUGGACUGUUACAAUGUCUGUGUGUCACCCCAGUAUUAUCUGGAGCACUUUGACAGUACGGUGCUAGAGGCAAAGCUGUCAUCAUCUCACCAAAGUCACUACAGAGGUGCAAGGGAUAUUCAGCCUUACAAGGAAUGGUUGCUGCUUGCGGGUGCUAGUGGAGCCCAAGUAUGGCCUUGA